GUUGAGUGCGCUCAGUCAUUCACUCAGCGCUGAGCGGUCGACAGUCGCUUUAUAGACUAUAUAUAAAACGCGUGUGUUUGUUUGUUUUCUGAAUACUGUUCCUCAUCUGAUGUAUGUUGUGAUUUAUUUGAUAUUCUUUAGGUACAAAUGACGUAAGACGAAAAUGAAAGAUCUAAGUCUCAACGUUCCCACGCGCAAUGUACUCACUGGGGCUGUGGUGAAUUGGGAGGAUGAUGAACUGGCUGGACUAGGGGACACUCCAGAGAACCUGACGCUCGCCUGGAAAGACCUCUGCGUCUACAGGAAGAAGAAAUAUCAGACGAGUAUAUGGAGAUCGGCUGUCUACGAAGAGAUCAAGGUUUUACAUGGAGUCAGCGGUGUGGUGUCAUCCGGCAACUUGGUUGCUUUAAUGGGUUCAAGCGGAGCUGGCAAGACAACGCUUCUGGCUGCGAUUAGCCGACGGGAUAAAAGCGCAAUGUCUGGCUACCUGAUGCUGAACGGCAGACUGGCCGGGGCCGACCUCAUAGCCAGGAUAUCAGGCUUCCUGCCUCAGGAGGACCUGUCGAUAGAUGACCUCACCGUGUCUGAACAUAUGGAAUUUAUGGCUCGUCUCAUGAUGGACAAAAGAUCGACUAAAUCGAUCAGAUCGAGACGGGUCGAACAGCUCCUUGGCGAACUUGGUGUCGCUAAUUGUACGAGGACCAAGCUUAAGGCUCUCUCUGGAGGGGAGAGGAAACGUGUGGCCUUGGCCGUUCAGUUACUGAAUGAUCCUCCGAUUCUGUUCUGCGACGAGCCAACGACUGGUCUCGACAGUUUCGCUGCCAAUGCGGUGGUGUCUCGACUGAGACGUUUGGCGGCUGGUGGAAAGCUGGUUAUCUGUUCAGUACACCAGCCAGCCUCCGGAGUUUUCGAGUUAUUCCACCAGGUGGUGCUGUUAGCCAGCGGCAGAAUAGCCUUCCACGGGACCAUAGAACAAGCUGAUCAGUUCUUCGCUUCGAUGAACUACAAAUGUCCCGUGGGCUUCAACGCGGCGGAGUACUACGUAACUCUGCUAGGCAUAGAGGCGGACAAAGAGUUGGAGAGCCGAGAGAGGAUACGACGUAUUUGUAACGAGUACCAGCGAUCAAGUAUAGCAGAGGCCAUCGAGAAUAGAGUCGGGGAUGUCAAAGACGAAAUGGAAUACUUCAACGGGAGCGGGGAUGAAAAGAACAUUCACUUCGAGCGAUAUCUAACGCUAGUCAAAGUAAACUAUUUCGUACAAUUCUAUUGGUUGCUGUGGAGGAACAUUCAAACAAUAAAACACAAUAAAGUCAUAUGGAUAGCUGAAUUUUUACUAUUUCUGUUCGUAGGUCUUAUAAUAUCGAUCCCGUACGCUGGCCACUUCUCGGAACUGGACCAGCGAGACAUUCAGAACGCCGAAGGUCUACUUUACCUGGUCAUCACGGAGACGACGUUCCUCUUCAUCUACGCUGUUUUCAUAACAUUCCCCAGCGAGGUGCCGAUUCUGCUGCGAGAGACAGCCAGCGGCCUCUAUUCGCCGCUGCCAUACUAUCUAUCGAAAAUGAUAUUUUGGAUACCCAGGGCCGUCAUAGAGCCCAUACUCUUCGCGACCCUGGUUUUCACUGUGGCUGGUCUUCAGGGAGGCUUCUACAACUGGCUGGGGAUCAGUUUUAUAUGCGUCCUGUGUGCCAACUACGCCAAUGCUUACGGUUCCUUUUUGUCGUCUGUCUUCGACAAGAUGGAGACCGCUGCGCUGGUGUCCGUUCCUUUUGAAUUAGUAGGGACCAUGUUCUCUGGUAUCUAUUUGAAUCUGGGAAGCGCGUCCCCUUAUAUAUCCUGGUUGAGAUACAUAUCGGCUUUCUAUUACGGCGUGGAAGCCAUAUCGAUCGUUCAAUGGGACUCGAUAGAGUCCAUUAACUGCGUUAACAUCAAGGGAAUGCCGUGCAUCAAGACCGGACCGGACGUUUUGAGGCGUUACGGUUUUUCCGAGGAGCACUUUUGGCGGAACUGCAUCUGUCUGACGUCAAUGUACUUUAUAGCACAUUUCAUAUCAUUCCUGAUGGUAGUCAAGCGGAGUAGAGGAACUCCAGUCUAUUGAGAUUUCGACUAAAUCAGACUGGAAUACGAAAAACAGUUGUGUUCAUACUAUAAGUACAUCACUAACAAAUAGACGGUUGACAUUUUGUUUCGAGAAGUCAGUGUAUAUGACCUGUUGACAGUGACCUGUGGUCGGGAUUAAUAAAAUGGAUGCAUGCCUUUUAUUAAAGGCGUAUCGUAUAUCUUGUCAAUCAAAAUGCUUUAUUUUGUGUGUAUUUUUUUUUUCUAUUGCGUCUUCACCUGUCAGUUUAUUUAUAGCAUUUGUUUGGUCAUAGAUUAGUUAUAAGAUAAGUUCUGUUUGCUAAUAGUUUUAUUAAUUUUGUAAAAAUAAACCAUCUUUUACACA